AUGUCUUCAGAAAAGCCCACGAACGAGCAUAUAUCCAGAAUCGACCAGAAUCAGGAUCAAAGUCCAGAUUCGGUACGGUCUCAUGGCUUGACUGUGAGCGGCUUUGCAGUCUACUCGGCUGUCGUUCUGAUCGCAUUUUCAGGUCUCAUGAACGUUAUUGGUGCUGGAGCGUUUGGUAAAUAUAUUGCGAUUAGUGUUGGUGGUUCAUCGGAGAGCACUUGGCUGUCCCAGGUGACAGCAAUUGUCGUCACGCUUCUGGGACCGCCGAUUGCUCAAGCGGCAGACUACUGGGGGAGAAAAUGGUUUGUCGUUUUAACGACUAUACUGGGCUUUGUUGGAUGCAUUGUUGUUUCCAGGUCUACGUCCAUGGGAAUGGCCAUUACUGGAGAAGUCUUGGCCGCUCUAGGUUACAGCUCCCAGGCCUUGCUGAAUGCGAUUGCGUCAGAGAUCGUCCCCCGAAGAUGGCGUCCCGCCGCACAGGGGAUAAUGUCAUUGACAUCUGGUCUUGGGGCUGCGUUUUCCCUUUUAUUCGGAUUUGCUAUGGUCUCUGACUCAUCAGAGGGCUGGCGUGUGUUCUGGUAUGUGGAUUCCGGACUGAUUCUGAGUGGCGCAAUCUUGUUCGCAUUCUUUUACAAUCCCCCUCCGAGAGAAUCCCAGCAAGCCUUAACUACGAAGGCAAAACUGAGAAAACUUGACUGGAUGGCGUUUGUCUUACUUGCUUCUGGAAUUAUUCUCUUGAACCUGAGCUUGACAUGGUACGACAACCCCUAUCCAUGGAGUAACGCCAGAGUUGCUUCAACGUUCGCGCUAGGGGCCGCAUUUCUUAUUGCGCUUGCCGGCCAUCAAGUUUUUUUGAAGAAAGAUGGACUGUUCAACCACAACAUUUUCAAAAACAAUCGCAACUGUGCUCUGGCGCUCUUCUGUAUCUUCGUGGAGGGCCUUUUCUUCUUUUCUUUCAACAAUUUUUUCCCUAUCGAAAUGGCCAUCCUGUAUGAGAGUGGAGACUUCAAGUUGGGACUUCGAAUGAGCAUCACAUACUUCGCAGCAAUCUUUUCCGCCAUUGCAGUAUCGAUAUACUCUUCUUGGACGAAGGACAUUCGAAACCCAACCAUCCUAGCAUAUGUUUUGCUCGUUAUCUACAGUGUAUUAAUGGCAACUGCGACACUUGGCAGCUCAAAGGCAGUUUUUGCUUACCCUGCGUUUGCUGGACUGGGGCUGGGGAUCGCCGUCGCCAACAUCACAACUGCUGCACAGCUUUGUGCGCCACCCUCGCUAAUUGCCAUAACUAGUGGACUAGUUGCCGGAAUCCGUUCAUUUGGUGGCUCUAUUGCUCUUCCAAUCUUUAACAGUAUCUUUAACAGCACUAUAACCAAACAAAUCCCCGCUGAAAUUGCGGCUGCGGUUCUCCCUCUAGGGCUUUCACCCGAUGACCUCGGGCGAUUCAUUGUUGCGCUCACAUCUCAAGACCAGCAAGCACUAGAAAUAAUUCCUGGUGUGACAACUAGUAUGAUUGAUGCUGGUCAUCAGGGGCUCGCUACAGCGUACCUUCUGGGCUUCCGCUAUGUCUGGAUCGCCGCAGGGGCAUUCGCGUUUGUGGCCGCCGUGGGCUCAUGUUUCUUCGUCAACACUCGAGACGAUCUUAACAUGCAGAUUGACGCUCCACUUCAACCUCAGCAUGGAGAUGAUGAGAGCAUGAAGGCUAUUGAGACGUGA